AUGACUUUGCUUUCUUUUCUUCAGGUCAUGAAUUUCAAUUGUUCUUUGUGGCAAGACAACAGCAUGUUGGUGAAAUACUUUGCAUUUGUCAAAUUCUCUGAGGUCGCCGAACAGUGCUUCCUUUUAUUUACCCUCAUCCUAUUCAUGUUUUUAGCAUCACUGACAGGCAAUGCUCUCAUAGCCCUUGCCAUCUGGACCAAUCCAGUCCUCCAUACCCCCAUGUACUUCUUCCUGGCCAAUUUGUCUCUCUUGGAGAUUGGAUACACUUGCUCUACCAUACCCAAGAUGCUGCAGAACCUUGUGAGUGAGGCCCGAGGAAUCUCUCGGGAGGGAUGUGCUACACAGAUGUUUUUCUUUACAUUAUUUGGUAUCAGUGAGUGCUGUCUUUUGGCAGCCAUGGCUUUUGAUCGCUAUAUGGCCAUAUGCUCCCCACUUCAUUAUGCAACACGAAUGAGUCGUGGAUUGUGUGGCCAUUUAGCAAUGGUUUCUUGGGGAGUGGGUUGCACAGUAGGCUUGGGCCAAACCAACUAUAUUUUCUCUUUAGACUUCUGUGGCCCCUGUGAAAUAGACCACUUCUUCUGUGAUCUUCCACCUAUCCUGGCACUAGCCUGUGGGGAUACAUCCCAUAAUGAGGCUGCAGUCUUUGUUGCAGCCAUUCUUUGCAUUUCCAGUCCAUUUUUAUUAAUCAUUGCUUCUUAUGGCAGAAUUCUAGCUGCUGUGUUGGUCAUGCCCUCCCCUGAAGGACGUCGAAAAGCUCUUUCCACCUGUUCUUCCCACCUACUGGUAGUAACACUCUUCUAUGGCUCAGCAUCUGUCACCUACUUGAGACCCAAGACUAGCCAUUCACCUGGGGUAGAUAAACUCCUGGCCCUCUUCUAUACUGUGGUGACAUCCAUGCUCAACCCUAUCAUCUACAGCUUACGAAACAAGGAAGUCAAGACAGCUCUUCAGAGAACUCUGGGCAAGAAAAAUGUUUUGACUCACGGGUAG